GGUACCCGCUCUUUCCUUCACCUAAUGGCGAAACCAGAAUCAAUGGAAGUUCUUGAAGCUGGCCGAGUGGCGCCGCCAGGGGAAGCCGCCGCAUCGGAAACCUCUCUGCCGCUCACCUUUUUUGACGUACUGUGGAUGAGAUUUCCGCCUGUCGAGCGUCUUUUCUUCUACGAAUUCCCCCACCCACCUUCCUCUUUCUUCCAUUCCCUUCUUCCAAAACUCAAACUUUCUCUCUCUCACAGUCUCCACCACUUUCUUCCUCUCGCCGGCAACAUCUUAUGGCCACCUCACUCUCGGAAACCCUCCAUCCGCUACGUUCCCGGAGACGGCGUCUCACUCACCGUUGCAGAAUCGAACGCCGAUUUCUACCUUCUUUCUGGGUCAGACUUCGCAGAAGCCGAGGAAAUCCGCCUUCUGGUACCGGACUUGCCUGUUUCUGAUGAAAAAGCUUCUCUCAUGAGUCUGCAAAUAACUCUGUUCCCCAACUCUGGGUUCUCUGUUGGAAUCACCACCCAUCAUGCAACCGCGGACGGUAAAACAUCAACUUUGUUCAUGAAGUCAUGGGCUUACCUCUGCUCUAAUCUCGGAGAAUCGUCAUCGGUUUCAUCUUUGCCGGAGAAUAUGAGGCCAUCCUUUGACAGGUCAGUGAUCAAAGAUCCGGCAGGGAUUGCUGAGAUAUUCGCGAAUUUUUGGUUAAACCAAGGUGGGCCAAACAACAGAAGCUUGAUGUUGUGGGACUUGAAGAAAACAGAUCAAGGGAAGCUAAUAAGGGGGACAUUCGAAUUACUUCCUUCGAAUAUUCAAAAGCUUAAGAAAUCUGCAGAGUCUAAGCUGAAUAACAACAAGUUUCAUAUAUCAACCUUCUCAGUAACAUUUGCCUAUGUGUUGAACUGCUUGGUCAAAGCAGAACAAACAAAACACGAAAAAGUGAUGUUCCUAUUCAGUGCGGAUUGUAGAUCUCGUUUGGAUCCUCCGAUUCCAUCUGCAUAUUUUGGAAACUGUAUUGGGGCGGCUAAGGCUGAGGCUGAAACGAAGAACUUGCUUGGGGAUAAUGGGUUCAUCACUGCUCUUGAGGCCAUAAGUGAAGCUUUAAAGAGAUUGGAUAAUGAAGCGAUAUUAAGCGUAGCAGAAACAUGGAUAUCUGAUAUGGAAACUUUUGGACUGACUGAUACUUACAGAAUGUUUUCAGCUGCAGGAUCACCACGAUUUCAAGUUUACAGUAAUGAUUUUGGAUUGGGAAGGCCCAAGAAGGUGGAGAUUGUUUCUAUAGACAGGACAGGAGCUAUUUCUCUUGCAGAAAGUGGUAAUGGCAAUGGAGGUAUUGAGUUUGGGUUGGUGUUGAACGGAACUGUAAUGGAAGCUUUUUCUGCUAUUUUUCUCAAAGGUCUUUCUUCUUGAUGAUGAUUCUCUUAUUAUUGCUUAGAGGUAGUGUGCUUUUGCAGCAGAAAAUAAACUUGUAAUUUUGCUUGCUUUGUUGAAUGCUUCUAUUGGUAAUCCCAUCCUUUUCUUUGGA